CAAUGCAACAUGCAAGUUGGAAAUACUUUGCUGUGAGCCUCAAAGUUUGCGAUUUACGAAGCAGCAUGAUCAAGAAAUAACUUGCACCGUGGGCGAUAUUUCUGUCAGCCGACGGAAUUCUGAGAUUCUCAUCAACAAGUUACAAGUAGCAAACCAACAACAACGAACCUCGGAAUGUUGGUGUACCAAGACGACGUGUGUGCCUGGAACGCCGUGGACGUCCUGGUCGACGGCCAGCUGCAGCACGGCCACGUGCUGAACGUGAUAGACGGCGGUCUGGUUGUGGAUUUCGGCUGCAGCUCGCAGUUCAUCCCAUACGGGAAUAUCUUCGAGUGCCUCCGCGCGACCGACCACCCCUACCUAAAAUACAGACCCCCAUGGCGCUGGCAUGCAGGGGACGCCGCGCAAGUACUUCUGCGCGUUGCACCCGACGCCGCCUGGAUAUGGUAUCCAGGAACGAUUGUCGCUCUGGAAGAUUACUGCCAGGAUGAUUCGGUAUUGGUGGAGGUGCAGUUACCAGGCGGAACCGUCAGAGAAGUGCUGUUCUGCCAACAAGUGCGGGUGCCACUGUCCGAGGAGGAUUUGGCGCAGCGGCGGAUUGGGGAGAAGCACUUCGUUAUUCGCUGCUGCCCGUUGCCAGAUGGAUACUGGUCCGCAGGAUCCCCACUUUUCGCCAAGAUCUUCCAGCAUAACUUGCAUGCCAAGCAUGAUGUUCUGUGCAAGACGGUGCUCAGUCGGGAACUGCUCUAUUUGCAGUGUCGCACUGGCAGUCCCCUGGAUGCUGAUGCACUGCAUGAAGUGUUCACUGCAUCGAAGAGUACCCUAGACACCAUCCAUCCGCCACCGCUGGCCGACCAUCAGAUGACGACACCUCAUCGACCGAAUAAAAAGCGCAAAACUGGUGUCAUUCGACGAUUAAGAACCCUGCACGUUGAACUAGUGGUGCAAGUCUUCCAGUCGCUGGACUCCAUCGGGCGCAUCCGUUGCCGGCGUGUCUGUUCGUUUUGGAACCAUCUUCUCACCACCGACGACUACUUCCUCGACGUCCGCGUGUCCGGUCGCGCCGCCGACCUCCCGGACGGUCCGCAGCACGAGGAGAUGCACUGGGUGGUGUCCUGUCUGCUGAAAUGCGUCACCAGCCGCACGCGGACGGUGGUCAUCUCGCAUCUGGAAUCUUUUCGGUGUCUGCGUUGCACCGUUCUGAUCGGCCACAUUCGCCAGGCCGUCCGCCUCCCGGCGCUGAUCUUCUACCAGUGCGAGUUCGGCGGUGACGUUGACCCGGACAUCACUCUCGCAACCGACAUCAAGGACAUGCUGGAGUUAUGGGCGUCGUGCGAUCGCGUCGUGUGGAAGCAGUGCCGCAUCGGGGACGGCGCGGUGCUAGCGGUUAUUGCGCUGUACGCCCUGAACGCCCAGCCGGAAGCCGAGCUGGAGACGCAGCUGUGGGAGCUGGUUGAGCGUAACUUGAUUCUAAAAAAACCACCGGCUUUGCCGAAUUUAGCGGAAAGGAUCGUCGAUUGCCUGCUCAAGAAGCCCCGUAAACAAGUCAAAACGGAAAUUAUCCGGGUGCUGCUGAAUUAUCAGAGUGCCGAUCCGCGUCUUUCCAAUCCGUUCCGCAACCGGAAGUGGCAGCUGUCCGACGUGGCCCGUCUGGAUGUGCAACAGCUAAACCGAGUGACAACGGUCGCGCUCAGUGACGGCAUGGACCCGCAAUCGUAGCUGCAGCAAUACAAUCCUUGUUUUUAUUAGCUCAAGCCAGUCACUUCACCAGUUUGUAACAAAAACAGGAUUAAUCCUCAAAACACAAUCCUCAUUUCCAUCUCCGUUCAGCUGUCGAAAUCGCAAAUUUUUUCUCAUAGCUUCUGCCGCAGAUUUCUGUUUUCUUUGGUUUCCUUAUGUUUGUUCUCCUAAGAAUCCGUACUAGAAGCUAUUUCCCAGAGCCAAGAUUUUUUGAUAUUCAUAAGAAGAAAGAAUGAAGCUGAUGUGUGAAUA